CGAAUUGACUUUUUUUCAGAAAAAGCCAGAGGAAGUUACGAUCUUGCCCUCUGAUGGGACUGAGCUGGGUUAAUGUGCCCCUCACCUUUACAAGGUUUUCGCCGGAAAAAUGUCGUCUACGGAAGAAUCCAGUAACGACUACGAGGUCGGGCACCGAGCCGAGUUGGAAGGAAAAGGCGCUUCAUCUGCGGGUGGCAGCACGGAGGAAGCUACGGAAGCUACGAAAACCCUAAUCGAAAUGCAAAAGGAGGCAUUACAAUGGCGAGACCAGAAAAGGAGGACGACAAUGGCUGGUCGUACCAAAGAACCCCCCUCAAAAAAACAGGAAAAAAUUGCUCUAACAGGCUCAGCAGAAACACUAAGGUUAACGGCCAAUAUCGGGGCUUAUUGGGCAUUUAUGAAGCGCCUUGCCCCGAAGAUCCGUCAGUGGCAUAGGGAUGCAUACUGCGGUUCUAUAUUUCAGCACUACAUUUUGUUUGGGGCUCCUGCGCCUGAUCGGCCCACCCUUGAGCUGCUGCUGAGCUUUUUCGAUAGAGAUAAUAACACCUUUUGUAUACCUGAUUCAAAAAGUGGGGGUAUGAAAAAUGUUAGUUUUGAUUUGCAAUGGGUCCACAACCAUACUUAUUUCCCAAUUUAUGGGGAGGACAUAAGGAACAAUAGGGACUGA